AUGGCCGACCCCAACAACAACAGUGGUGCUGCUCCAGGUGUUGGUGCUGCUACAGCAGAACUUCCCAAGAAGAAGGAAGGGAUCAGUGAAGAAGAUCCUUCGAAUGUGUCGAAUGCGUUACCUCCGUCUCACAUUCUGCCCGACGGUCGAUUCAUCUAUUUGCCUCCUCCCAACGAUGUGGAACGGUCUCGUUUCUUUGAACGAUCGAUUGCCAAGUACGGAUUGUUAGAGUCGGACAUGCAGGGAACUGCGGAUGACGCGACCAAGGAUGAAGAAGAAAACAAGGAAAAGUCGACCGAGCCGCGAGUCCAUCCCUUGGCCGUAGCAUCUGCUCGAUUGCAAGCCAGUGGAGUCGCUGAAUUGAAUCGAGCCAUCAAUUUGUCCACAUUGGUCAAUACAGGAGAGUACUUUGGUCUGACCAACAUUGUCGAUCCAGCACUCGAUUUGGGAGUCCCUACUGCUCCAACUACUACAGCAACGGCGGCUACUCCCAACGCCCAAGGAUCCGCCACUCCCAAUACUGCAGCUACUCCCAACGCCAAUACAACCGACAAGGCAACUACCGACGAUGGCAGCAAGAAACCAGCCGAUCCUGCCACUCCCAGCACCCCCGCCAAUAACAAGACCGCCGCAUCGCAAGCCACCAAGGAAAUGCAAGAAGAACAACGCGUCAAGGCCAAAUACACAUUGAAGCGGAAACGGGCCGUCUUUGACAAAAUGUCACGAGUCCUCCAACGCCACUGUCAUCGCCUCCAAUCGGCCAUGUCUGCACAAGCCAUUCCCGAUGCUCGGCUCAAACAAUUGCGUCCGCAAUGGAGGUUGGUGGCGCCGGAACACGGGACUCGCGCCAAACCGCAUGCCGUACGACCCACCGAAGUAGUGGCCGUCGAUGUCGAUGUCUACGAUCCCAUUGGAGGCGUCUUGGGACAGUCACUGGCGGGACGAUUGGCCAGUCAAGUGCCGCGCAAAAAAAUCAAAAAGGAACAGGACACUGCUUCGGACAUUACUGAAACCGCCACAACGACUACGACUAGUAGUAGCCAAUCAUCAUCACAACAAUCACAAACGCAAUCACAACAACAACCAGUGUGGCACAAGAAAUUCACAAUGGCAGAACCAUUUGCCAUUGCCGAUCCGACACUGGGAAAAAUAUCGGCCGACUUUGAUCCCAAUAAGGUUUCUUUUUUGACGCUCCAGUUUGAUAUUGAAAAGCCGUCCACGGGAUUCUGUAUGAGUUCGUCGUUGGAACCCAUGACCACCAGUAAUAUUGAAGAAAAACAAAAACACAACGCACAAGGAGAUCUAUCUGGUGGUGCUGCUGCUGUCGUUAUUAAAAAGGAGGAACAAGAUGACGAACCUGCUGUUGUCAAAAUGGAAGUAGACGACGACAAAAAGCCAAAGGAGGAAGAAAAGGAGGAGGACGAGGAAGAAAAGAAGGAUGACUGUGACGACGACGACAAUGACAAGCUUCCCCACGAUGAACAAGUCCUCGUGUCUCUGCAGCAUUCACUCUUUUGUGCCAAACUAUUCGAAUCCAUUCGCACAGAAAUCAUGGGAGACGAUCUCGGGGAUCCCGAUGCACAACCCAAAGUGCAACAUCAUUCCCAACAAGCAACGGCACAACCAUCCGAUUCCGUCAUGUGGUUGUCCAGCGAAUCCGAAGAAAACUAUCUACCGCCACCGGCUGUCAUGGUCCGACCUACCGGAACGGGAGGAGCCGCCGCCUUGUGCGUCGUCCACUGUCAUGCCAGUGAAGUCAAGGUACAGUUGGAUAGUGAAUACACAUUGCGCGCCAAAUUGGUCGAAGCUGCCGAACGGGAAACUACUUUUUCGGCGACCGCAAAUGCCAACACUAAAACUACUACCAAUGUUACCAGUGGCAGUCAGAGUCCCGAACAAUUGUUGGUACUCUGUCGAUCACUCUUGUUGCAUGCCCAAGAAGCAUAUCACAAACAUUCGCUGCAAGAAAGUUUCAAAACGGCACAGAAACGAGAAGAAGAAGAAAAACGAUUGCUGGCAGAUGCCAAUAAACCCAGGGGAUUGGAUCGGAUACAAAAGAAGGAUGUUCGAACCAAGGCCAAGAUUUUGCAGUCGGUUGUGGCGCUCGGCACGAAAAUGCUCUUUGAACAACGCAUUCGAAAGGUAUUGAUGAGAGUCCGCCAUUGGCUACAAACCAAGUAUCCAGAUACAACCGACAAGAUAUCGACGGAAUGGCUAGCGGUUUCGGUCUUUGAUUUGCAUGCACGGUUCGUCAUUAGUUUUGGCUAUUCGCUGACCGUUGAUGUUACCAUUGUGCGAGAUGAAAUGACAGUCGUCACACACAAUUCGCUGGAUUGGAGCAGCAAGGCGGCGGGUGCCGUUCGAAAAGUCAAGUUUCGCUCCGAUGCCGAGUUUGAAAUCUUUUUGAAGAUUGAGAUUCGAAGAGCCAUGAAACAGCAAUCGCAGCAAUAA